GGAGUAGUGAACUUUGUGGACUAUUUGUCAAGUCUAAGGAAUUCGGCUUCGCUUUCAUUGGAACUGCUGACAGCCGUGCCCCAAUCAAUUGAAGCUUGCGUCGAGUGAAGAAUGGCAGCCACAAACAUGUACGCAAUCAUUUGGUGUUUGGUGUGUAUCAGUAUUGCAGGUGUAUCGAGUGAUACAUGCGAAGGCUAUACCAGUUACGGUAUAUAUUAUGAAGGAUUCGAAUGUCCAACCUUGCUUUACACUGAGGACGAGACCUACUGCUGUGGAGAUGAUUCAUACAGAUACUGCUGUGAUCAAUCAGCUUUUGAUUUCGGUAACGAUUUAGACGAUGCUGUCGACACGGCUGUCGGAUUAGCUACGGCGGUCAUUAUUGGAAUAAUAUGUGGUGUCAUUGCACUUGUGGUCCUCAUAAUAGUAUGCAUAGUUGUAUGUGUGUAUUGCUGUAUCAAGGGGGCUACAUCAAGCAGCCAGGCUACAACCACCGUGGUACAUCAAACUGCCCCUGCACCGGCCUACAGCAACGCGCCUCCGCCUAACUAUUCAGAGCCAGGAAAAGGUCCGUCGUAUGCCGUCUAACUAAACUAUACAAGUGGACAGGUGUUAAUCAGCAAAAACGUUUUUCGUAUUGAAUGCAUCCUAACAGUGUAUCGUCUAAACCAUGCAUGAAUUAUACACAUUAUAUUAUCAACUUCAAAUAUUAUUUGAAAUUUAAUGUGGAAAGCUGUAUUAAUACAUGAAAAUUCAGAUUCAUAUUUACCCAAGAAUUCAUAAAUGUAUUGUUUGUUUUAAUUGCUAGAAUAAUAAACUUGCACUCACCAAACUG